CAUUGUGUGCCCACUAACCUUCAGACCCCUUAGUCUGAACGUUGAAAGGGAGAGCAUGUAGGUCUCCACUUUUCCAAGUCUCGAUAAGGUUAGGUGCCGUUGUUCCAACUCCAUUGAUUAGUCGCCCAUUGUAUCCAUCGUCUUCACUUCUCCUGCCUCCCGGUUGUCCUCCCGCAACGGCCAUGGAUGUGGCAUCUCCUAGCUCCGAUUGAGAUCCGCAGGCAGGGCUGCACCCCUCCGCCAGCGCCAGCUCCAGCUCCAGCCCCAUUUCCAGGUUAUUUUCCGUUGUACGCACUCGCUUCGUACGUGGUGUACGCUACAACGAGCGGAGUACCAACCGCUAUUCAAGGCGGUGUGUACGCUGUUGGAGUAGGUGGCUACGGAGGUUUUUAUCCAACAUGGAUGGCAGCAUAAUCUCCGGCUCGGUCCACCAUCUCUUUCGACAUAGGCAUAGUGUCAGUCUAUGGACUCUACUGUUGCCGAAUUGUCGGUCUUUUAUCUUUCUGUUAAUCAGACUACUGGUGUUUGGCUGUGUGCAUCCUAGUUAUGCAGAGGCCGGGUGAUACUCUUAAUGCUUUGUAUCACUUUGAUGCUACAUUUUGAGAUAAUAAAAGCGCCCUUUAUCGAAAAAAUGAUUGUUAGUAAUAUUUUUUAAUUCAAUAGUCUUUUACAUGAACAUAUUAAUAGUCAAAGUUAUAGAAGUUUGACUGCACUCUUCUAGAACAUCAUCUCUUUUUCAAUGGGUGCACUCUGUUCUCUAAUUUACUCAUUCUUAAGGGUUUUCAUUUGUACCAGCAGAGAUAGUAACAUGGCUAGCAAGUUAAAAAUGCAGCAAGUUUAACUAUCCGACUACUACAACAAAUCACGGAUAAUUUCUCGGAGGAGCGAAAAAUUGGUCAAGGCACAUAUGGAACAGUUUACAAGGGGGUGCAUGCCAGUGGGGAAGAGAUAGCUGUAAAGCUGCUCCAUAAUAACCUGCAAGGAACUGACGAUGAGCAAUUCAAACGUGAGUUUGAAAACCUCAUGAGGCUUGAUCAUCAGAACAUUGUACAGUUAGUCGGCUAUUGCUACGAAACACAUCAUAAACCUAUGCUGCACAAUGGAGAAACCAUUUACGCUGAAGAAACAAACAGAGUGCUCUGUUUUGAGUAUAUGCCAAAUGGGAGCCUUCGAAAUCAUAUUUCUGAGGAAUGUGAUGGACUUGACUGGCAGACACGUUAUGAAAUUAUCAAAGGAAUAUGUGAGGGCUUAAAAUACCUUCAUGAAGGAUUCAAAGAACCAAUUUACCAUAUGGACUUAAAACCUGAUAAUAUACUGCUAGAUGAGAAUAUGAUGCCAAAACUAGCUGAUUUUGGCUUGUCUAAGCUCUACGAUGGAGAACAAUCGAUGAUCACUCAAAUUCUUACAGGAACAAUUGGAUACUUGCCACCGGAAUAUUUAUUUGAACACAUAGUCUCGAAGAAGUUGGACAUAUUCAGUCUUGGUGUUGUAGUGACGAAGAUAAUUACGGGACCUAGAGGCCCCACUAGAAGGGGUGAAAUGACACAACAAGAGUUUACUAAUCAACAACAAUAUUAUUAGGGAUGUUGUAGCGCAAGGAAGUGAUCAACGUGAUUAUGAUGCUGUACAUGAUGAAAACCCAUCAGUCAUGCACCCUGUUGAGAGUGGUGUAUCAGAAAAUCUAGAGGGAGCUAAGAAUGAAUACGCAGCUGCAGAGUACGACCCGCUGCCAGCAGUAGAUGGGCUAAGAAUCACUGGUGAAGCUUUUCCUGGAAGAGAACUUCAAGUGAGUGGGUAUUCCAUCAACGGGACCACAAGCUGCAACUUUGAGUGGGUACGCUAUUUGGAAGAUGGAUUGCAGAAGUUCAUAGAAGGUGCACGGCAGCCCACAUAUCUAGUUACCGCGGAUGAUGUGGACACUAUACUAGCCGUUGAGGUCCAGCCACUAGAUAACCGAGAAAGAAAGGGGGGCAUCGUUAAGGUUUAUGCUAAUGAGGAAAGAAAAAUUCCUUGUGAUCCUGAAACUAAGGAGCUUAUCAAGCAAACCCUUUCAGUUGGCCAUGUGUCUUAUGAAGUUCUUCUGCCUGCGGUUCCGGUUUUAGAAACGUGGGAACCUGCUGUAUUGGCAGUAACGAGGAAAGGUUACAGCAUUAAGUGCAACGGACAGUGUGGUGUUGUUGUUACAGAAACUUUCCAGCAAUACAUGGCUAUCAGUAUCCCAUGUGGGCGUCCUACUGAAUUUUUACUUCAGUCUGCUGAUGGUGAUGAGUGUAGUCUCAAGCCUGCAGAAAAUUCCCAGUGAGUUUGAAACUAUGUACUACUCCCUCCGUCCCACAAUAUACGAUAGUUUUUUAAGCUAUGUUAGCUUGAAAAACGUUCUUAUAUUAUAGGAUGGAGGGAGUAUUUCAUUACAUAAUCUGAAUUCGAUGGUCUGUCGAAGGCUCGACAAAUAACACUUUUCAGUUUAAUAUCAUCAUUGUUUGUGUCUCUGCGGUAUUUAUAUUUUAGAACGUAAGAAUCGUAUGGAGACAUCGGUACUAAAGGCCUGAUUGGAUUGUUGUUUUCCAUGCUUUUACACCUGUAAAAGAUACAGACCUCAAUCGGUCAUUUCUUUUCCAGUUGGAAAUAACAGAUGGUUGGUGAUAUACACUUGUAAAAGUA